AUGGCAAAGAAGGGUAAGAAGGAUAAGGAAGCUAAGAAGGCUCGAACGGAGCUGAAAAACAAGAAGAACUUAGAAAAAGCAGAGAGCAAGGACAAAAAACGUAGCAAGAAACUGGGCUCCGAGGACGAUGAUGAUUUGGACAUAGACGAGGUUUUGGCCAACUACAAGAAGGAACAAGAACUCUUUGAGCAGGUUUUGGUAACCAAUGUGGAGAAACCAAGUCCAAGGAUGAAUCCUUGCAUGAUCUCGAACCCUGUACAUGGUAAAAGAGAACUAAUAUUAUUUGGUGGGGAGCAUACAGACUCUUCAACCUCAACAACCACCUUUUACAACGAGCUUUUCACAUACACUUUGGAGAGUGACCAGUGGCGAAAAAUUACAUCAAAAAAUGCGCCAAUGCCUCGGUCAUCUGCGGCGGCAGCAGCUCAUCCAAGUGGUGUAGCUCUUCUUCAUGGUGGUGAAUUCUCUUCUCCAAGGCAAAACACAUUUUACCACUACUCUGAUACCUGGCUCCUUGACUGUAACACAAAAGAAUGGACCAAGAUCGACCAAAAAAAUGGCCCCAGUGCGCGUUCAGGACAUCGUAUGACUGUGUGGAAAAAUUUCUUCAUUAUGCAUGGCGGGUUCAGAGAUUUAGGAACUUCAACAACCUAUUUGAAGGAUUGUUGGUUAUUUGAUAUCACCACCUACAAGUGGAAACAAGUCGAAUUCCCACCAAAUCACCCCAUUCCUGAUGCACGCUCGGGUCAUUCCUUAAUUCCUACUCAGGAAGGUGCUGUUCUAUGGGGUGGGUACUGCAAAGUUAAGGCAGGCAAGGGACUACAAAAGGGUAAAACCUUAACAGACUGCUGGUACUUGAAGAUGAAGUCCGAUACAAGUGGUCUCCGGUGGGAGAGACGUAAAAAACAGGGCUUUCAGCCAUCUCCAAGAGUGGGCUGUUCGAUGGUUCACCAUAAGGGGCGAGGAAUUUUGUUUGGGGGGGUAUAUGACUACGAAGAAACAGAAGAGGCCAUGAGCUCAGAAUUCUAUAACGAUCUCUUCUCUUACCAGGUCGAAUCUAACAGAUGGUUUACACUCAAAAUGAGGCCUCAGAAGAAGAAGGCCGUUACUGUGUCAAAGAGUAGUAAAAAUAAGGACGAUGAGUUAGAAAAUAUAUUGAAUGAUAUACUGCAGAAGGCUAACCUCGCAGAUGAUGACACGACAGAAGAUGACAACGAAAUUGAGAAAGAACUGCGCCGGAUGGACGAAGAAGAGGAACUUGAGAAUAAAUCUAAGGAAUUCACCAUACUCACUCAAUUACCACAUCCGCGUUUCAAUGCAGCAACGGCUGUUGUGGAUGAUAUGCUUUUCAUUUUCGGCGGUAUUUGGGAAUUUGGGGAGAAAGAUUUUGUCAUUGAUUCGCUUUAUUGCAUUGAUUUAAACAAGCUGGACGGUGUAAAAUUGUUCUGGCAAGAUUUGGAAGCUGUCGAAAGGGCCAAACAACUCGGCGACGAAGAAGAAGAAGAAGACGACGACGAUUACGAAGAGGAUGACGAUGAAGUGGAGGCCGAAGAUGAACAAUAUGAAGCAAACGACGACAAGCUCGUUGCCGAAGAAGAAGAGGAUGAAGAGGAAGAAGAGAUUGAAGAAGAAGGGCCAGAGAUUCCUGACCUCAGACCAUGGCUACCACAUCCGAAAGCAUUUGAGAACCUUCGUUCCUUCUACGUCCGUACGGGUGCUGACUUCUUGCAGUGGGCCAUAUCCAACAAUAGAGACGCCAAGGGAAAGCACCUGAAGAAACACGCUUUUGAUCUCUGCCAAGACCGAUGGUGGGAAAGACGUGAGCAAAUUAGAAUUGAAGAAGACAAGCUCGAAGACAUGGGUGGUGUUGAGGGCAUUGUAGAACGAGACCCAGCUCAGUCCACCAAGAGACGAUGA